AGACAUGUUUUCAUCGCGACUCAACUUGUAGAGAGAGAGAGAGCUUUUGCCCAACAUAUUAUACAGCAUAUUCUAUUCUUGUGCGCGGUGUUGUAUGGAAAAUUUCAUCAAAAAAAAAGAACAGUGUGGAUGGUAAAUUGUGAGAUUUCGUGACAUAAGUGUAUCAUCGGGAAGUGAAAAGACAAUUAGCAAGUUUCUGGGCUGUUGUACAGUCCCGAUAUCAAUUAACAGACAACAGAUAAAGAAAAGAUAUUUCGCAAUACUUCGUCUCAUCUCUCAACAAUAUAUUAUUUUUGGAACAUAUUGGACGUUAACACAGCAAGAUGGAUACGAAAGAUUUUAACAAGUACGGAAAGGAGAUGAUUGACUACAUUUGCAAUUACAUGGAGAACAUCGAGAUGCGCGAUGUUGCGCCCAAAGUCGAUCCGGGAUAUCUCAAAGAACUCGUUCCAUCCGAAGCUCCGCAGAAAGGUGAAGAUUUCAAGACAAUUCUCGCGGAUAUUGAGAGCAAAAUAAUGCCAGGUGUGGUUCAUUGGAAUCACCCAUAUUUCUUCGCCUAUUUCCCCUCCGGAAAUUCCUACCCUUCUAUUUUGGGUGAUGUUCUCAGCAGCGCCAUUGGAUCCAUCGGAUUCUCAUGGGCCUCUUGUCCCGCUUCGACUGAACUGGAGACGAUAGUCUUGGAUUGGUACGCCAAAGCUUUGGAUUUGCCAGAUUUCUUCAUGAGCGACACUCCUGGGAGCAAAGGCGGAGGCGCUAUUCAGGGAUCAGCAUCAGAAUGCGCCCUCGUCUCCAUGAUUUCCGCGCGCGCUCGUGCCAUCAAAGAACUCAAAGGGAACAACUAUGACAUCCACGACAGCGUCUAUCUGCCCCAACUCGUGGCCUACGCCUCGCGAGAGGCUCACAGCUCAAUUGAGAAAGCCGCCAAGAUGGCCAUCAUCAAGCUGCGCAUCCUCGACACAGAUGCCAGAGGCAGUUUUCGCGGCGAGACCCUUCGGGCGGCCAUCGAGAAGGACGUGAAGGAUGGCCUCACGCCCUUCUUCGUUGUCGCCACGGUGGGAACAACGGGAGCGUGUGCCUUUGACAAUCUCAAGGAGAUUGGGAAGGUGUGCAGAAACUACUCAAACAUCUGGUUCCACGUCGACGGAGCGUACGCUGGCAAUUCCUUCAUCCUGCCCGAGAUGCGGCAGUUCAAAGAGGGCAUGGAGUACGCGGACUCCUUCAACACGAACCCCAACAAACUUCUGCUCACGAAUUUCGACGCAUCAGCGCUGUGGGUGCGCGACGUCAUGGCCCUCAAGACUGCCCUCACCGUCAAUCCACUCUACCUCCAGCACGAGCACGCCAGCGCCAUCGACUACCGCCACUACGGCAUUCCGCUCAGCAGGCGCUUCCGCUCGCUCAAACUCUGGUUCGUGUUCCGCUCCUACGGCAUCUCAGGACUCCAGCAGUACAUCCGCAAUCACAUAUCCCUGGCGAAGCGCUUCGAGCAACUCGUGCGCGCCGAUGAGCGCUUCGAAGUGCGCAACGACGUGCACUUGGGCCUGGUUUGCUUCCGACUGCGCCAAUCUGACGCCACAAACAGGGAUCUCCUGGCCCGCAUCAACCACUCAGGGAAGUUCCACAUGACACCAGCCAUGGUGAGAGGAAAGUACGCCAUUCGCUUCUGCGUCACAUACGAGCACGCCAAGGAAGAGCACAUAGAUUACGCAUGGCAAGAGAUAAAAGCGUUCGCCGAAGAGUUCUGCGAGGCUGAGCAUAUUGAGAAGCCAGCUCCAAUUGCCGCCAAGAAGCCCCACAAGAAGCUCACCAGAAAAGCCUCCGCGAGAUUCUCCUUCACUCGCAGUGUCUCCAGAGAGAUUUACGAGAGACAGUCCAGCAUAUCAAAUCUGCCCGAUGGUUGCACACCAAUCAUUGUCCUGGAGACGGACGACAUUCUCAAGAGCUUGCAAAAGGCCACACGGAAGAAUUUAGAGACGAAAUACGCGGAAACUGAUAGUACGGAUGAAGAGAAACGAAUUGUUAAGUUAAGAGAGUGACAGGCAGCUAUAUUCACGACCAUUUCCAUGUAUAGAAAUAAUCCUAUCAUACUUGAGAGCUAAUCCUUAUUUAUUUUAUCAUGACCGCUCAUUGUUCCUCUGUACCAAGUAGGACAUUACGUUUAAAAGUAAUUUUUUUUUAUGAAUCGUUCAUGUGAGCAGAAUAUAUUUAUAUUUGUCUGUGUCUUUGACCUCAUGACAUGUUUUGUUGUAAAAAUGAGUGAGAAUAUGUAAAAGAAAGUUAUGUAUUCAUGCGUAAAUUUGUAUCAGAUGAAGAAGAAACAUUGUAUGUAAUUUGUGUAUCAAUAAAAUAUCAGUAUUUU